AUGGCCAAUAAUCUACCAUCAGGAAGCAAUACUGGCAAGAUGUACAAAAAGCCGAUAAAGAAGAACGUAGGUCUUCGUGCUUUCUUUCCAGAGAUGCCCAGUAGCAUGAGCAACCUUGAAAAGGCCAAAAUCUGGGUGAAAAGACACAAUAAUAAUUAUUUUAUGGGUUGGACACAGGAGCAGCUGCAGAACUUAGACCCUAUAGUCCGACCCUUGACUAUAAUUACUCCCGAACUGUACAAGCGGCAUAUGAACAGGAGUGAGUAUUGCCGCAUUGUCAAGUUGAAGUACUGUUUGGAAUCUGAUGCUGAUUGGGCAAAAGACUUCCGGCGCCGACUUGGAACCGACAGUUCAAAGGGUGGUUUCAGAAGUCUUGGAGAGGCCAAAUUAUAUGCCACCCAGUUAUGGAGGCAGUACAGUGAAUUGUAUGAUGUCCACCGAGCACGUAUUGGUAAUAAUAACUCCCGAGCCUCGAUGGAGAAACACCACUCUCUUGAUGGUUCAAGUCGAGCCCCCAAGCCCAUUCGUCUAACCAGUUCUGGCAGCUCCAUAGCAACUUCUGCUGCCUCACUGCUGACCAUGUCUGGCUCGGACCUUCACUCUCUUGUCUCUCCCUAUAGGCGAGAGGAUGAAAAAAUUCUGAGUCUGCAUCUUCCGUCCAUGGAUGACGCCCACCACAAUCAACUGACCGAGUUUCCGAGCUCGUCCAGUCUAAAUAGAAGUCCUGUUAUAAAAGUCGAACGGGAAGAUAAAUACGAGGUGCCACCAACCAUCAAUAGUGACGCCCAGUCGUGGCCAGUUGACAGCAACAAAGUCAGUUCAACUUAUGACACACCUGUCUUUCCAUCAGUUGAUCAAAUGGAGCUCAGCAUUUUAGAAAGAGUUGAUGUCCUGCUACGUAGAAGAAGGAAAGAUUUCUUUCUAGGCUACACUGAAGAUCAGCUUCGGAACCUGAGCCCCUAUGAGCGACCACUGGCCACAGUAACAGAAAAGGAAUAUCAAGAAUAUCUAUUCAGUGACGAGGGUCAGUUGACCUCUGCCUUAGCGACAGUAUUCGAUCUGACUGAACCUUGGGCAUUCCGCUUUAAGAAAAUGCUUCAUUUAAGCCCCGAGGAUGGCGGCUUCAGCACAUGGGCAGAUGUCAAGCAAGAAUUGUAUAUUCUUUUACAGAAUCACCUUAGUGGGAACAGUCAGUUUCAUGAUUCAAGCACAACCUCUUUGUUGGAAAAUACACAUGGUAAUUUGCCUUCGCUGGACAGCGAUUUGCCAAGCACGUCUGGAUUGGUUGAGAAAAAUACUGAAAAUUUUGAUUAUAGUACACCAAAUUCUAGUCUGGCAUCAGGAAGAGAUUCUCUGAAGGAUCAGGCUGGAACAGUCUAUUAUAAUUCUGGUGUUCUUAGCAUCGGACGCCUUAAGAGUCAGAAGAAAUCACCAGAUUCAUCCGAGCGAACAGUCACCUCACAGGCUUCACCCUCAGCACCUGAGACAACCGAAGAUGCGAUUACUAUUGAUGAUGAUACAAAUUCUGAGGAUAAUUUUACAGGUGGUGUACAUGCUCCUUCAAAUCAGAGUCCGUCUAAUCCUGGUAAAGUCGGUGACGAGAUGUGGGUGGCCAGCGGUAGUACGAGCACAGAUCAUCGUCUGGAAUCUGGUCGUAACCCUUUUCAACAGCAAAUUUCUAACUCAAGCAUCAGUAUCACCUCAUCCAUUGAUAGGAAUUCUCUCACCUCUACCUCUUCAGGGUAUUCCUCUGCCACUGCGAUUAUAUCCACCCCAAGUCGAUUCUCAUCACCUAUCAACAAAGUUGGUGCUCGUAUUCCAUCUUUAGACUUGUCAUUAUUUGGCCACAAUCAGGUUGGCAUUGAUGUUGGUGAUUGCCCUUCUUCUAGCGAGCCACGGAACAUGUCUCGUAUUAUGUCCAGAUACUCGUCGCAGUCUGCUGUUGCUAUGGAAUCCAGUCCUGGUAAUAGUGGAGGCGGUGAGUCCAUUUCUCUAAAGUCAUCGAAUCGUGCUAGUAACAUUUUGUCAAAUCCUCAUCACUCGACGAGUAAGUCUUUUGUGGCCAAGCUUUGGGCGUUGAGAGAUAAACUUGCAGAACGUUGCCGAGAGGAUCCCGGCAUUAGUUGGCACGAUAAAUUGCGUCCUCACUUAAAGCUUAUCCGUGCACAGCUUGGAGAAACGUACACUCUCCCAAAUACAGUUCAAGAAUGUAUGGCGGAUCUUUUCCUGGUGACUCUACAGCAGGAACUCCUUGAAAAGCCCUCCACAGCAUAUAUGGAAACAAAUUCUUAG